AUGGGCCCUUUCCAAACCUUUCAGGAUUACUUGUCUGCAGCAAUUCAGUUAAAGUCUGUGAUAAUCAAAUCUAAACCUGAGCGCCAAGAAUGGGAGCAGGCACCUCCCUUCUUCCGCUGCACGGCAGCAGCGAAUGACACCGUACUGCGCGCCCGGACGGGCGGCUUCAGCAUCCAGUACAGCACGGCCCUCCAACUGAAGGAGCAGGGCAACGAACUGAUCAACAAAGAUCCCUCAGCCGCCCUGGAGCGCUACACGGCAGCCCUGUCUGUGUUCACGUGGUUCGACAGGGGGCCGGAUCGGGCGUCCGAAAAUAUCCCGCUGGUGUGUACGGCGGAGCACCUUCCCCCCUCGGAGCAAGACCAGGUGCGGGUGCAGGCGGGUGGUACGGCAGCCGGUCUGGAGGCGGCGGUGGCGGACCUAGGGGCCGCCAACCAGCUGGAGCCCGCUAACAGCCAAGUUAGGGGGGCGCUGAUGGCCGUACAAGAGGAGCUGAGGGAAUAUCGGAGGCAAGAGCGCGGCAUGUACGGCAACAUGUUCCAGCGCGGGGAGCUGUACGGCGACGUUACGACAACGAGCGCCAGCGCCAGCACCUGUCCGAAUGUGGCGGUGGCGAGCAGGAGGGGGCCGGGGGGAGGGCUGGCGGGUAGCAGUGCUGCUACUGCCGCUACUGCUGCUACAAUUGAUAGCGCAAACCGGCGAGACGGUCGUACUUCUGAGGACGGCGAUCCGGAGUUGGAUCCAGAAGAUCUGCUAUUUUUGGAUCCAAAGAUGAGGAAGGUGUGGCGCAUUCCCUUCCCAAGCAGCACCAGCACCAGUAGCGGGUUGCAGCCUACACAGGACCCGCAGGCGGCAGCACCAGCACCCGCACCCGCACCCGCAGCGGCCGGAGCCGCCACCCGGGGGUUUCUAGAGGGCCAUUUGGAGCUAUGA